AUGGUGCAUACGGAUGUACGAGACAAAUGUCGUCCUGGUUUGCACACACCAGUUCCAGCUGGCUUUUAUCUGAAUGAUGUGUGGACGUCCUUUGUGUGUAAAACUCAUCAAUUUACUCCCCAAACAACAACACAAUGCCUGAAGGACAAACACAUCUACAUGAUGGGAGAUUCUACUAUGAGACAGUGGUUUGAGUUCUUGCUGAAAGCUGUACCAAGUUUGAAGCAGAUGAAUCUGCAUGUUCAGUAUCAGGCAGGACCUCUUCUAGCAGUGGAUGUGGGGAACAACAUUGACUUACACUGGAGAGCUCACGGUGUUCCUCUGCGCUGUCUGAAAACUGAAGUUGCUAAUCUGCACUACAUCAGUAAUGAGAUUGAGGAUCUGGCUGGAGGACCUCACACUGUUAUUGUCUUUAAUCUGGGACCACACUUCACCACAUACCCUCUGGAUUUCUUCACCCACAGAGUCUUGAGAAUCCGCAAAGCUGUUGUAAAUUUAUUACAGCGAGCACCAGAAACUACUGUAAUCAUCAAAACUGUCAACACUGGCUAUAAAGAUGUGUUUGGCAGUGACUGGUAUUCUCUGCAGUUGGACAAAAUUCUGCGGUGGGCUUUUCAGGAUGUUGGUGUUUAUAUUUUGGAUGUAUGGCAAAUGACAUCCUGUCACUACAACAUAGAGAACAUUCAUCCAGGGCCUGUCAUCAUCAAAAAUGAGAUGGACAUUUUUCUUUCUUUUAUUUGCCCUGAAUGA